CUGGGAGGCAAGCACCUGCCAACCAGUUGCGCCCCAAGGAGCCACCCCCCAUGGUUAUUCAGGGAGACUUCAGGAAGACCAGGUAUCCCGAUCCCGAAACCUGAUUAGAUCUCCCACGAGCCAAUUGAUAAACUUAAUUAUUACAAGAACGAGGAUUAAUGGAAGGACCUGUCGUUGCAGGUGAGCGGUAUCAGCACAGAGAUCUUCAAACAAAUCGAGACCGUCGAGAACGAUCAUGACGCCUCGACGGCAGCGGCCCUCGAAGCUGUCGAUCGGAGGGGUGAGAUGGUCGUACGGAUCAUCGAGCCGCGACAGAUGGGCAGGCAGGCGUCCGAGGCUGCGAAGAAGUUCACCGCCAUGCAGGAUCCGAAGCACCCCAUUCACUUCGUGGAGAUAAUCAAAAGGCCGGGACAGACGCUGGGACUGUACAUACGCGAGGGCAACGGCGUCGACAGGAACGACGGCGUCUUUAUCUCGAGGAUAGCCCUGGAGACCGCCGUCUACAACAGCGGCUGCCUGAAGGUCGGCGAUGAGAUCCUCGCGGUGAAUCUGGUCGACGUGACGCACAUGAGCCUCGACGACGUUGUGAUCAUCAUGUCGAUACCCAGGAGGCUGAUCCUGGCGACGAGGCACGGUCAGCACCAACCAGUCUCGCAUAGCCGUCAGACCGAGCACAAGGCGCCACCCGUUGUGGUAAUCAAGAGAGAACUGAACGAGGACGAGAGCGAUCAUGCGACCAGUAAUCACGUCAGUUUGACUCGCAGGGACGGUAACCGUAGACGUGGCGAUGGUCGCGAGAUGCUGCCAUCUCGGUCGAGAUUAGGUCUGACGGGUCUCGGGUCUAGUCAGGAUCUUGGAUCCAGCAACGGCGAUCUGUAUUAUAACUCCAGACCGGAGGGGCACUGGUCCUAUCAACCGCCACCGCCGCCAGUCAUCACGCAUCAGCCGAAACCGUCUGCUACUCAACACUUCCAGCCGUACGAGCGCGGAUACCCGAAAACUUUGGAAAGUUUGGCUGAGAAGGAUUUCACAAAGGUACACUCGUUCUACACUGGCCCGGUGAUGCCUUCCAACGGCGGCCGUCGGAUGUCCACCGGGGCUGGGAUGCAGUCGGUGGGAAGCAGACUCUCCGGCCAGACCCAGUCCACGCACUACGGCUACAGCCAGCACACCGGAACUGGGAGGAUCAUGCCCAGGAGCGGCUCCGAUCAGCAUCUGCCGCGGGUCGACUACACGAGCAUCACCACCCCGGCUAGGCACACUCUUCUCAGAUCCAGCUUGAAAUCAGGAACAUCGGCGUUGAGAUACAAUACGAGGUACGGCGCUCAGGGAGACGGUACGUCGAGCACCCAGAGACAAGGCCAGUACGGCACGCUGACCAGGAGGCAUCGGCCGUCGCUAGACUACGCGUCGGACACCGAGGCCACGUGUUCCAGCUCGCCGAAGUCCGCGUACUAUUACUACAGGCACAACAUGAACAAUCCGCCGUCGAGUAGCGCUGUCUCGCACCUUGCCACGCUGUCAAGGUCGCAGAUCGGUCAGAGUUCCUCAGGCUUGAGAUCGAAUUCGUUGCCUCGUAGUGGCAGAACGUUGCCCCAGCAACCUGGUCUCAGGUCUGGACUUAGCACGGUAGCAUCGGGACUAAUAGAUCAGGAAGAUAGUGACGGGGCAUUGUCGGCACCCGAACUACCUUCCAUCAGACGCGAUAGAGGGAGAAUACCGUCAUCACCGAGUGUGUUCACGUCGGACGAGUACCGAGCCUGGCUGAGUCGUACCCCGAGCACCAGCGCGUUGUACGAUCAGAUCAGAGCCACGACGACCAGGCCGCCGCGUUACACCUACAGCGCAGAGAACAUUCACGCGGCUGUGAAUCAAGGCGAGUACGGAAGUUACGGAGCGUACAGGCCUCUCUCGAGCACGCUCGAUCGUCUGUCGACAAGGUCGGCGUCCGCGCAGCAAGUGAACUUGGCGAAUCUGAAGGCGUCGACGGCAAUCAGCUCAACGUGCCACCGCGGAACGUCGAACCAGAGACCAUCUUCGGUCGCGUCCGGCGCCCGUGCGUCUCUGACCAGCCAGAAGCCCUCGUUGUCCAGCUCCGCCACUCAGAGGGCCACUUCCGUCAGGAGAAUCAGGAAUCUACUGGACUUGGAAUCCACGCGAAGUAUACCCACCCCUACGCCUACCAGAACUCAGGAUCAAAGACUGCUAGAUAUUAAUCCUGCAGAGUUCCUCAAGUAUAAAAUAGAAAAGCCUCCGACCGUGGGAACUCCGAGUUCGACCAGCUCACUGUUGAGUUCACUCGGUGACGCGACCAGCGGCGAUUUAGCGGGUGGAGUCAGCGGACUGCUCUCGGUUCAUUUACUGGCUGGCCGCGGCCUUCGUUCGACGACGUCCUCCUCGGCGGCCACCACGCCCUCGACACCGUCAGGUCAGCCUAAUUUAGCUAGCUGCGGUUUGAGAGACCUCUACUGCGUACUGGAGUGUGACAGGGUGCACAAGGCGAGGACGGUGAUGCGAACCGGGGACCUGAUGUUCGACUGGGACGAGACCUUCGAGCUGGACCUCGUUGGCAACCGGCAGUUGGACCUGCUCGUUUACUCCUGGGACCCGCAGUACAGGCACAAGCUCUGUUACAAAGGAUCCGUACAUCUCGCGAGCCUCCUCAAGGAAUCACCGGUGCACCAGCUGGCCGUCAAGGUCGAACCGCGCGGCACGAUAUACUUAAGACUGCGAUACACCGACGCGCAACAGACUUUCCGGAGGAGAGGACUUCCGGUGAUAUCUCUCGCGACGAGAGUCGCCCCACUCUUCGGCGUCGAUCUUGAGACAGUGGUGAGUCGAGAAAGUAAAACCGGUGGAGUUCCUGGAGGUGUUUCAACUGCUCUAGCGAUGGGUGUUCCAAACGUGCCCAUCAUCGUCUGGCGGUGCGUCGAGGAGGUCGAGAGACGAGGUCUCGACAUAAUUGGUCUAUACAGGCUUUGCGGAUCGGCAACGAAGAAGAGGAUACUCAGAGAGGCCUUUGAAAGGAAUGCCCGCUCGGUGAACUUGUCUCCCGAUAACGUCCCGGACAUCAACGUUAUUACCGGCGUGUUGAAGGAUUAUUUACGAGAACUUCCGGAACCACUUUUCACGAAGUGCCUCUACCAAAUGAUGGUCGACGCACUGGCCGUUUGUUUACCAGACGAUCCUCAAGGCAACGCGAAACUCAUGUUCAGUAUACUCGACUGCUUGCCAAAAGUGAAUAAGUGCACGUUGAUCUACUUGCUUGACCAUCUGGCAAUGGUGGUAUCGCAAUGUAACAAGAUGUCACCGGCCAGUCUGGCGGUGUGCUUCGGACCUGUGCUGAUGCUUCACUCGGAAGAGAACGGACCACCUUUGGACUUCCAGCAACCGAUAGCAGUGCUCAAGUACCUCCUCGAGAUCUGGCCCGUUAAGUCAGUUCGGAAGAUUUCUUCAGUCGCUUCGGCGCUUCCUCGAGUUACGCCACCAGUCGAGCAGCACAGCAACAGUCAGCAUCAACUGCAGCCGCAGCAGCAACAGCAGCAGCAGCAGCAGCAGCAACUCCAGGGAACAUUGGGACGCACAGGGCUGCCCUGGCAGCCUCAACACUCACUUCAUCAACAGUACCCACCUACGGCACCACCCGCAGCCCUCGCGCCCUCCACUCGUCCUCCGCCGCCGGUCAAACCUCGCCAGGUGAUAGUCUCGUCUCCCGGUUCACCUAGCAGCAAGGAGUCGGUGGCGUCGCCGGAGCCGAUUAAUAAGAGCCUCCUGGGCGGUCUGGGACUCGACAAGAGCAACGGUGUGGUGGCCACUACUACUGCAGGGAGCACCGGCCCCGGUACCGAGCAGAUCACGCCGACCAGCAGCGUGGACACCGAGGAGGGUAACCCGACACACGAAGAGGGCGAGAAGGGCGUCGAGGGUGACGCGGAGGGCAGCGACGACGACCGACACCAGCACGUACCCAAGACUCAUUAAAAGAAUCGCGCCCUUGGACAGCUUGACCGAUUUUUAAAUAUUUUGUUUCGAGAGGAAACUCUCGGAGGAGACAGUGUUUGGGCAUUGAAAUCGCGAACACCCUAGUAGCUAGUUAGAUUAGGAUUCGUUCUCGUUUGAAAAUUAGUCGUUGGUCGUUAUAAUUAAGACUCUCCGAAGUCACUUCGCGGUCUGUCCGUAGUAAAUUUGUUUGCCCUCAAAGGGUCUCGAUUGCCCAGUACGGAGGAACGUAGUUCAAUCAUCGUAAACGUGUUAGAGGUAUAAUUAUUUUUUUUUUUGAUCGAGAGCAGAUCGAUUCGGUCGCCAUUAAAUGGCACAGGCGUGUUAACGAGUUUUUCUUGAAACUGAAAACCAAAGAUUCUCGUGGUGUGUCGAUUAAAAGGUCGAAGAAACGAAGAAGGUGUGUGUUUCUACUUCUGAUCUAUCCAACGCGUUGACUGCUUUCGAUUUCUCGUUUCGAAGGGAACCGAAGAGUUUUUUAGUCAGUUUGAAUCUAGUCGGAUAACUUUUAUUUCCUCGUUGUUGCACUGUUGGCUGUGUUAGGAAACUGAUAGUUAGAUUCUCUUCGUUGUGCGACGUUGUGUUUUCGAAAUGUUUAUUCACGUUUUUGGCGGCAGUCAGCGCGUCCGAUCUUUUCUACCUUCUUUUUUAUAUUAUUAUUUUUUUCGACGUGCGGGGGACGCACGUUACGAAACCAAGGCUGAACAUUGUUGUCGCCAGACGCACAAUAAAAGCGAUCGACUGUUUCCCAGAGACGAAACGAAACGCGCAUAAUGGGACCACUGCGAAUAUUAAAACGAGAAUAAUGAAGGAGGAAGAUAGAAUCUUCGUAGAAGAAACGAGAGCUGAAAUUUACGAUCUGACGACUGAAAAAAAAAAGCCUUUCGCCAUUUCUCUUUUUGUAUGAUUCGUCGGCUAAAAGGAGUAACGAACACACUCUCUCACACACACGUAUGCAAGGAGGAGAGGAAAACUGGUUAGCAGGGUUUAGCAAAGCUGAGAGGAUUUGGCUGCGAACUUUAUCAAAGACUGUACAGGUUCCUAGCUUGAAACUUGCACAAAACUGAUACCGAGACGCGUUUGGUCACCUUCAACAAUUAUUUUCUGAAUCCUCGACUUCUUUUCCAUUUUCCGAUCCGUCAAGCUCGAAAAAGAACUCGUACCCCGCAACUGCACAAAUCCACGAGAAAGACCGAGAGAAAGAAACAAGUCUGGAAGCUUUGAUGAGAGAAGAAGAAAGGAAGGGUACGAGCCGUGGCUCUUGCAGAUUUAAUAAUUCACACCCUCGGCUCGCAGAGUUCAAGGGUGAAGUCGGGAGACGCUGAGGACCGAUCACACUGAAGAAAAUUCACCAAGAACACACACACACGUGCAUACGUAGAGGAACAGGAGCGAAGAUAAAAGGAAUAACACAGACACAACGGUCGAUUUAUAUACAAUAUACUAUAUAUAUACAUAUUAUAUAUACACACGUAGGCUAGUCACGAUAUACAUGUGCUUUUGAUAAAAAAACUAUUACGUAGAGGAUUAGCUAGCCCUCGUAUACAAAACAGGAAAGGAAGACGAGUGCACCGGGCGUGAAGAACCGAAGGAUGGAAAGACAGAGGAAGCGGAGGAGUGCACGGAAAGCGACGAUAUUAUAAAUAAUUAUACAUAAUACGCAGCACAGCUGGAGCCUGGCUCCGCGACUUGUACAUGAUGACAAUAGUAAAAAAAAAAAGGGAAAAUACCGAACGAAAACUGAAAGCGACGGGAGUAAAUGAAUAAAAAUAGGAUCGGACAGAGUGGAGUCGAGACUCACCGAGAAACGAUAAUAAUUAAAACUUGUAAAACGACUAAAAGCGUAGCCAGUAUUAAAAUAAUCGCGUGUACGCGAUGGAACGAGCCGGGGUGUCGCGUGCCCCGGCGGUUCGUUUGUUCUACGAUCUCGUCGACGGGGACACGAGUGCGACUACGUCACUGUUAUCGCUAUCACCUAAUAUAGUUAGUCGAUACGAUAUUGUUCCUAACGCGCAGUAGAAUUUCCCGGAAAUAAGUGAUUAUUAGGCUGCGGAUUCUUAAGCAACAUGAAACAUUUAAAAGAGAGAAUUGAUACACAUGAUUUAAAUGUCAUAGCAUAUGCUUGCGACAUUGAACGCACUGUUCAAAAUUCAGCACACUUGCGUCUUUUAUAAAUGCCUAAGAAUCUUCAGUCUAAUCAUUAUUUAUCGAUUACUCCAGUUCAUAAUUUACUGGACAGUCACAAAGAUGAUAUUGAAAAGGAUAUAAAUGAAUAAAAUCUGUAAUGGAGUUUAUUUAACAUUCGAUUUUUUAUUACUUACAAUAGUAAAUCGAUGUCUGUUUAGGAAAUUGUGAACAGGGUCGCAAGUGGAGAAAUUCUGCCCCACGAUUGCGCGUUGUCUGCGUCUUCCAAUUAAGACUCGUCUCACGUGAGAGGAUUUCGACUUAGCUCAGGCAUUAGAUUGUCAAGGAGCAGACGCGUAACGAAGGUGGCUUAUAGAAAAAUAACGUCGCGGCGACGAGAGCCGUAUUAUCAGUACGAUCAUAUCAACAGACGGUUCGAACAUCUGCUGUGCGUUGGUAACAAUAUACAUCUUAAUAAUAAUAUAUACGAAUGUACACGGUCACCGGUGAUCCCGGCGAUUCUAAAUACGAAUCGACUCGGUUCUACCUUUAAGUAUUCUCGUUGGUCGACUGAAGAGUCACGGGAAUAGAUUCCCGUGGAUUGAAACGGUUAUUUUUCUCGUUCUCCAAGUUAAACGACAAAUUGCGACGAACUAUAUCGCGAUAGCUUUUUAAUAAAAAAAAAAGAGAGAGAGAGAGAGAUAGGGAGGAGUCAGUUUUUUCAUAUUAAGCAUCGUCGACGAAGUCAUCGUGCUCGACUAAUUUAUAAAUAAUGUAUAAUACCUCGUAUAUGGAAUAACGUUAGAAUCGCUGCACGUUUCUCGGCCCUUUGGAGACGCGUGAAAAUCUAGUCCCUCUGAUCUAUUUAUAACGAUUAUCACGAAAUUUCGUUUCGUCACGUGUUAAGGAACAAUCGUGCGCAUCGAUGACAAUGUUUAAUGAAAGUACGCUGCUGCUAAGAAUAUUUAGGCCUUCAAAGGGUUCGCUACUGCUUUUUCUCUACUCGUGUCCUCUUGAGUGAAUGCGGUCCCUACAUAAAAAAAAGCGCACCGUUCCACGUGUCGCAAUGGCGUUCAACGAAUCACAUAGGCACAAUUAAAGACGAAAUCUUGCGAAAUGUCGUUUUAAACGAAACAGAGAGAACACCGUUGCGACGACGUGUAUCUGCGCGCGUGUGUGAAAACUGACGCGUGUAACGAGUAAGCGUGCUCUAGUAAAGCGUCGAAGAAUGUCAAAGAAGAUGUCGGCGAACUGGGGGCGAGUCAUAGCCGAGAAUCGAAUCCGAGGAUCGCGUGUUAGCUCAGUGUACCAUAAUUCGCGUAGCCACAACCCUGAUCCAUCCUGUAUCGAGGCCACCGAGCCCCCGACCCUCCCCCGACUGAUUUUUCACGUCGUCGUUCGAUAUGCAAGCUCGAUGGAACGCCGGAUCACCUUCUGCGACAAUUUUUAAGCAUUGGUCUACCAAGGAAGUGACUUCAGCUUCUGCGAAGCAAAAAACCCAAAUUACUUUCGCGUCGAUUCAACGAAACGAGUGAAAAUUGUUUAGCCAGUAUUCAGAGUCGUUGCUUAUUUUUAAGAUCGUCUUAAGCAUUCGCUUAAGUCCCUUUUUUAUGUACAAGACAGGAACUGGAAACGUGGGAUAGAUAAUUCUGAAUCCCGGCCUUUGUUCUAUUCGUAGUAAUGAUAAUCGUUUUUUUAACUUGAGAAUUUCGUUUCGUGUACUUGAUUCGAUGAUCUCGGGAUCCGGCAUUCCUCGACGUUCCUAACUUUAACGAUUAACGAUUAAGUAUAGUUACCGUUAAUUAUAUUAUACAUAUACGUGAAAGCACACUGC